AUGGCAACAAUUUUCGAUAUUUUAAAUUCAAUUAAUAAUAAAAAUAAUAACCAUUCAAAUUAUUAUUCAUGUAAAAGACUAAAAUCAAAUAAUAAUAAUAAUAAUAAUAAUUUUAGAAAUAACAGCAUUAAAAGAAUUGAUAUUAUACCAUCAAUGGAUGUUACAAUCACAGAUAACAACAUAAUAAUUGAAACUGAAUUAGCAGGUAUUUCAAAAGAUAAUAUCGAAAUCGAUAUUAAAGAUUCGAUUCUAACCAUUCAAGGUGAAAAGAAAAUCAAUAAUAAUUACAAACAACAACAACAACAACACUCAGAUAAAACCAAAACAAACAAUGAGCUACCUUUAAUAGAAGAGAAUAAAAAAGAAUUUAGAAAAUAUUUAUCAGAGAGAUCAUUUGGUAAUUUUAAAAGAUGUUUGGAUUUAACUAGUAUUUUAUAUCAAUUAGAUUUAUCAACUAUUAAAUCAAAUUUUGAAAAUGGUCUAUUAAUAAUCACAAUCAAUAAGAAAUCUGAUCUAUCAAAUUCUUCUUUUAAAAUAAAUAUUAAUUAA